AUGAAGGCGACCUGGAGUCUCGAUCAUGAUGUCCCCGCGUCACUCGUCUCCUCCCAAGCCUUCAUUACACCCGAUCUUGUUCAUGAAAUCCCGUCGACCGUCAAGCGCCCAGACUGGACACCGGACUCGUUGCCGGCCAGCCAGAUUGAUCUCUACAUGGACCUGCCAGAGUCGAACGAUAGGUUCUGGAUGGGAAAAUGCCUUUCGGAGGAGCCCAUGACGGAGAAGCCGUUCAGAAACCCGUCUGAAGAUCCAAUGCUGAGGCGUUUCAAGGACUCUGACGAGGAGUUCGAAUACCUCGAGUUUCUGGGCAAGGGCGAACAGGGUAUUGUCGUAUCUGCCUCGAUCAAUGGCGUCCGAUACGCCGUCAAAUUUGUAGAGACUACGCUGCUCCUUGAGGAUAAGGAAUAUCUCUGA